AUGGCUCAAGGCGCUCUCAAAAAGGCCAAGCCGGCUUCGGCUAAAAAACCAACAGCCCUCGGCCCAAAACGAGGCGCAAAAACAAUCGCGCCCAAGAAAUCGAAGCUCGUCAGCCAGCAGAAGAUGCUCAAGAAACUUACAUCAGGCCUGACUGGAAAGACGGAGCGAUUGCUGGCUGAAAAGGCUGGACAUUUGGAGCUAUUGAAGGGAACGAGGAAAGAUAAGAAGAAGGAGAAGGAGGGAGCGAAGGCAGCUAAGAAGUGA